GGGAGGUUCGUCUCCACCAGAUCGAUUGCCGUCGCCUGUGAUCGCGUUGCACUGCUACGGAGCUACAUCGCUCCUCAAGGCCCUCUGUGAUACGGUCCGAUCCUCGAUAAAAAUGCUCGUAUCUUUUCAAUACAGCAGGCUGCUUCAGGGAUUCUUGCCGAUCUAGUACCUACAUCGCGUUCCAAAACUCUCAAGGCUCUCUUUGAUAGCAUUGUCCAGGUUUUCAAUACCAACUCUUAUCGAUCUGGUAUAGCCCCUGUUGGUUCUGGACAUUUUCUUUGGAGGAUGAAGGCUUACAGCAGCAGCAGCAACGGGCACUACAAGAAGGCUUAUGACGGCAACUGCAGCAACGAGCACAAGAAGGCUUACGACGGCGGCAGCAGCAACGGGCACUACAAGAAGGCUUAUGACGGCAACAGCAGCAACGGGCAGCACAAGAAGGCUUAUGACGGCAACAGCAGCAACGGGCAGCACAAGAAGGCUUACGACGGCGGCAGCAGCAACAGGAAGUUCACAAAGGAAAAGCCGAAGGAGGUGGACACUUUUGCAAUCGAGGACGAUUACGAUCGUAUGCAAGCAAGGUAUGAGAUCAUAGGAACUCAUCGUCCCGGUGAGAAGGAGGGAUUACUCGUCGACCAAUGCAGAAAAUGUAAGCAGAGAGGUCAUUGGGAAAGACACUGCAAGGGGCCUGGAGUGGAUGAACAAAAGAAAUGCUACCUCUGCCUAGCGAAGGGGCACGAUACUUAUCACUGUUCAAGAGAUCCCCUGCGAAAUGAGGACUGGGCAGAGAGGACUUACACUGGACCAAUGAAGAGAAUUCAUCUUGGAGUGGGUUAUAUCGUUCAGGUAGCAGACUUCCCGCAAUACCAUCCUCGUUUCUGCGUCCAACGGAUUGAAUACGAAAACCUCAAACGGAUCUGCAAAAAACAUCCAGACUUGGGAAUCUUCAUUGUGCCUGAGCCACCCCGCCCUCUUGCAUCUCAAAUCUGGGAAGCUUUUCAGGGACUCGAUGGAUUUCUCAACGCAGGCCUAGGCUUCGAGUUAUACAAAUCCAAGGAAGAAAUGCCUCCAGGGUAUAAGCGGUAUGCAGCUGCAGAUGAAGCAUUGAUUGAAGAAUUGAAGAGCAAAGGAGAACUGGAUGAGUUUGAGUAUGCUUCUCUGCUAAACUGUAUACGAAUGAAUGAAUGAAAAUAAAGUAAAAAUA